GGCUGUCUCAGACAGGUAUAAAAGAGCUGAGCGCUUUGCAGUCCAACAUCCAGCUUCUUGACUCCACUUGACUCCCCUCAUCUCCUGGGACUCCUUGCUUGCGUGGAAGAUGUCCUGCUCCAGCCUGUGUGCCCCUGCCUGCGGUGUGGCCGCCCCAGCCCCGCUGGCUGACAGCUGCAACGAGCCCUGCGUGCGCCAGUGCCCCGACUCCACUGUGCUGAUCCAACCCCCGGCCACCAUGGUCACCAUGCCCGGGCCCAUCCUCAGCUCCUUCCCGCAGAACGCUGUAGUUGGCUCAGCAGGAGUCCCCGCCAUCGGAGCAGGCCUGGGUGGCAGCUUUGGACGCAGUGCCGGCUUUGGAGGCCUGGGAGGCUAUGGAGGCUCUUAUGGCCUUGGCGGCAUUGGGGGCUAUGGAGGCUUUGGCAGCUGUGGUUUCGGUGGCUUUCGCCGAGGCUACAGUUCCAUUGGGGGCAGCUGUGGGCCCUGCUAAGCACAGCACUGCGUCCAGCCACAGUUGAAGGAGAGCUCUGGAGAAGCCCCAGCACAUCCCUACCGGACACCGUGAGGAUGGGCUCCCCUUCAGCAUCGCUGGUCUCUGCAGCUUGGACACCUCUUACCUCAAUGGGGACCAGCUCUGUCUUUCUUUGUUAUGCCUGAUAUUUGCUUCUGGACUGGCUUACCAGUGAUGGCACAGCCCAGCUCUGGCUGCCAGCUCUUGUUCCUCUGCUAUCUGCAAAGAGACAAGGACAGCCUCUGGCCAGCGGCUGCCCUUCUGCCAUUUCCCCCCUUCAUCCCUUUAUCUUCAAUAAAAGCUAUCUUACAAUGCAAUCUUGACUCCAGUGUUUUUAUCUUCAUUCUCCUUCAUUACUUCCCCACAUCUCACAGUCUCUGAUUCUAGGC